GAUAACUUGGGCCUGAUGCCAUACCGACGAAGGAUUGUGUCAGUCAUCGGCCGACCUAUUCCUGUUCAACGCUGCGAAAAGCCGUCGUUGGAGGAAAUCGAAAGAGUGCAACAGAUGUAUAUCGAGGAGUUGACCAGGUGGGUAUUCCAUACCCAUUUCAUCGACAUUGUCGAGCUUACUCGUGGUUAAUGCAGGAUCUGGAACACUUACAAGG